ACUCUGUUUAUUUGUGUAACGCCGAGCUUCUGUUUGCUGGAAAAGGACAGUCGUGGCCAUGUUCGGGACAUUCGUAAUAGGAAUUUUAUUUGUUCUGAGAGUGAAUGGGGAUUUCUUGACCCAAGAACGAAGCAGAGGUGCUACUCUUAAACCAAUAUCAGCAUGCUGCGAUAUUCCGGAACUGGGUGAUCCAAAGCCGCUAAGCGAGUGUUCUAACCCAAAAUUAUUCGGCCCAUGCAAUGACGUGCAAUGCGUAUUUGAAAAGUCCGGUUUCCUGUCAGACAAGCAAACCCUCAACAAAGAGGCGUACAGAGCUCAUCUCAUGAAAUGGCUCGAGGGGCACAAAGAGUGGGCCGACGCCAUAGAGAAAGCUAUCAAGGAUUGUGUAGAUAGAGAUCUGCGCCAGUACUUGGACUUCCCUUGCAGGGCGUAUGAUGUAUUUACUUGUACCGGAAUUGCUAUGUUGAAGAAAUGCCCAAAAGAUUCCUGGAAAUGUUAAAGAAGACGAAAUCAACUAAUGCACGCCAUUGACGAUCAAUUAUUCGACGCUGUAGAAACGCGAAAAUAAUUGACCGUCGAUGGCUGACUAAAGUUACUCGUAUUAUAAGUAUUUAUUUACAAUAAAUAUUUGUUACAAAUAUCAAGAAUUCAUUGUCAAUUGUUAAUAAGGUAUGAAUUAUGUUUUUUAUAAUCAAUUAUGUAAAUAAUUUCGAAAAAGAUUUUCAUACAUUAUUACAGUACAUUUUAUUUGUAACGCUUGAAUUUUUUACCUUCUUUGUUUGAAUCAAAAUUGUUAACUCCAGAUUUAGACCUAUCUAUAUUUUUGUACUUCCAGAUCUACUAAGUAACUUUGUUGUUCUGUAAAAUUUGAGUAAAAUAAACAUAUUAAAAAAAAUAUUCUGGUAGAAUGU